GGGCAGGGGAGGCCAGGGCCACUGGGCAGGCAUUCCUGUGUCCCUGGGACACCCCUGGCAUCACAAACACACUUUGUCCUCUCUCUUCCUGCUGACAGGUGAAGGAACCUCAACACUUGGAGAGAACUUCUUUCACGAAUUUCCACAGAAAAAGAGGCACCAGCCACACACUUCCAUAAAUGCUGACAAGCCGGGAGCGGUGACAAACAUCUCCCAGCGCCGGUGGAAAUCGCCGCUGUGGUUACAGCACAACCCCAGCAGAUGGCAAAAGGAAUCGCCUCAGUUCUGCAGCGGUUUGACACGACUGGGAAGAUGCAAACACCUCUUAUUCCUUUCCCUUCUCUUUGCUAAAAGCCAGCACGGCAGUGCACAGCCCCCGAGGGUUAAUCCACCUGCCCACAGCCCUGCUCCGAGGGCGGUGAAUUGCCCGGGUGCUCUGGGGCACGAGCGGCCUCUCAGCUUUGACUUCUCCAGGUUAAACACGGAAUGUCCGGACACACGGUACGUGUGUAAGGACUGCGAGCUGUACGUGCCUGAAAGCCGCCGAUGUUUCAGCUCCACUUCACAAGUAUCUAAAAUAGCUCACCAGCCCUUGUGCUCCCCGUUACCACAACGAAACGGGCGUUGUGAAAGUGAAUUUGCACUUCACGUUCCUAAGCACGAUCGAUGCAAUUUAUUCGCUGCCACGGGUAGCGUUAUCAGCUCCGCGCCUGCCGCGGCGCUCUGUGCCCUGCCCGUCCGUGUGUUCCCUCUCCGCGGCUCUGGCAGCGCAUUCCCUGUGCACGGCCGCUCCCAGACGCCUUGACGGGCCUGGCGAGUGGCACAGUCCCGAGGUACAUCCCGAGAUUCAUCCCGGGGUACGUCCCGGGCACACCUCGGGCCCAUCCCGGGCCCGCCGG